GGGGCUACUCACAGUUGGUGGGAAGAGCUAGGCUUGGCCACAGCUAGCUCUGGUGUUCAGGGGGUUGCUCUAGGUAGCCUUAAGCCACUCUGACCCCCUGAACCUACACCUAACCAUCAGUCCUACUACCGCCGGCAGACAUCUGGCCACCUGUGACUAUGCAGGCAGUUUGAUGCCUUUAUCAGGCUGGGAACAAGACCUUGUCUCUUGGGUGCCUCCACAAUGGCAGGUGACGACUCCAUCAGCACACUCGGCAUGAUCCUUGGAGUGGGACUGUCACUGCUGCUUGUGUCCAUCCUAGGCUACAGUUUGGCCAAGUGGUACCAGCGUGGGUACUGCUGGGACGGGCCCAACUUUGUCUUCAAUUUAUAUCAAAUCCGGAACCUGAAGGACAUGGAGGUUGGCCCACCCUUCACCAUCAGCGGCCACAUGAGCAGCCCAGAUGGUGGCUACAUGAAGUUCUCCAAUGACAGAGUCUGAUGGAGCAGUGUCUAGCUUCUGAAGAUCAGGUUCAGAGUGAUGUCUCCCAAGCACCUGGUCUGCUCAGACUUCUGUGACCGUCAUAAUCAUCUCGAUGCUUCUUGAACUGUUUUCACCUGCAUUCAAAUGCGUCUUUGACAUGAAUGGAAAAGUUCUACCCACUCAUGCGUUCAUUUAUUCACCAUUUAUAGGGUUCUCAUCACCAUGCACUAGCAUUGGCUGGGUGUAGAGGGCACAGAGGUAAAUCAAGAGGUGUUUCUGCCAUCAAUGAGCUGGAAUGAAUGCCAGGUAAAGAACCUUAAAUGAGACGUCAUAGGGAACUAGUGAAAACAGGCAAGCUUCAAGACUACUAUCUCUCUGUGACAGAUGAGAAGACCAAGGUAUAGAUCCAUUUGCAAAGAGUUAAUCUUACCUAGCAUCGUGACCUAGCAACUCUUUCCAUUCCCUGAGGCCACCCUUGAGGUCUCUCCAGCCCCAGAGCCUUGCUAUGGUAGUCAGUUAGCCCGAGUGAACAGACAUCACAUGCUUGCCCUAUCUCCACACCCUCCACUCCAUACAAGGCUCCACAGCACCGGCCCUAUUCCCUGCGCUGACUCUUUGCUGGCCUUAGAUCCUGGGAUCGCACCUUGUAUUGGCUGUCAUAGACUCCAUGUCUGAGGGUUCCCACAUCCACUUAGCAUAAUUAAUAUACCACAUUCUUCACCUCUUUCCAGUGAGUCCAGCAGGUGCGUACCCAGCAGCCACAAGGUAUUCCACACCGUGGCAGCUGCAUGGGGGCACCAAGAGUGACACAUAGUGACAGGCCGCAUGUUGGAAGCACACACAGGGUCUGAGUGGCUCAGAGGGGCUUUCCAGGGGGCACUUGGGCAGCCUUGAAACAGCAAAGUGGAUGAAGAACAUAUGGGGACGAAGAACCGGCAUGCACAAAGGACCAGGGGCAUGCACAGCAGUUUGUUGGGGGAAGGCAGGUGGGUAUGAGGGCUGGUGGGGAGAGGGGGCGAGGAUGUUAAAGGGAAGAGAUGAGAAAGGACAGGAGGUAGCAGGGGGGCUUGAAGCACCUCCUGGUUUGAGCAGAACCUUUGAGUGCUGUCUUACAAGCUGUCCAGUGGAACUCAGACCUCAAAUUUGCAUUUUCAACUCCAACUCCUCAGCCCAGUUAACAGUAAGGAAGAUUAUUUAGUGGUGAGGGAUGCUGGAGACAAAA